AUGGCGCCGACCAUCCCAGUGGCGACCCAGGCUGGCAUGUUCCACACCUUUCAGGGCGUCACACCGCGGAAACAGUCAACAGACUCACAGGAUAGCACCAAAACCGCCACGACCAACACCUCCAAGAGAGUCACAACGCCCCAUGCAUGCGCCGAAUGCAAACGUCGCAAAAUGGUCAUUCCUUCACGCAAGACUCUAGAAGCGCUCUCCAAGUCGCUGGAGGAGUGUCGGUCGAUUUUAAAGCGGCUGUAUCCCAGCCAUGACGCGCAGUCCCUCCUACCGUUGUCGCGGCCAGAGCUUCUUGCUUUGCUCGACCGGUCCGCGGGCAGUGAACCUGGUUUAACUACGCUGCCAUCGCCGCCUCUCAGGUCUGCAUCGAUGAGCGACGAGCUCCAGUCGCCCGUCUGCUUCAAAUCGGAGCAAACGCUGUCCAGCCUCGAACAAAUCCCGACCCGCGGUGCCGAAUGGGACGAAGAGCGCCGGGACCAUGAUCCUAUUCCCGCAGAGGCCGACGACGUGAAUGCCCUGUCGCUGGCAGUCGACCGCCAGACAUCCUAUCUUGGUGCAUCUUCGAUCAAGGCUGCUUUGAUGGUCAUGCUCAAAGUUCAGCCCGGCCUCCGCAACUCUCUCGCCUCUGCAUCCAUUCAUAACGCCGUUGAGAUGUCGCACACGAUUCCCGCUACCAAACCGCAACAGAGCCUACAGACCCAGAAACAUGAAGCUGCCACCAGCGCGGCGGGCAUAUCGGCAACCCGGAAGGAGCUACAGAACGUGUCUUGGUCGUGGAAGGGCCAGACACUGAUUGACGCCUACUUUAAACGCAUACAUGCAUUCAUCCCCAUGCUUGACGAGACUGCGUUCCGUGCCGACUAUCUCGAGGGCCAGCGCUCGGAUGCGCCGUGGCUGGCAUUGCUAAACGUGGUGUUUGCCAUGGGCAGCGUGGCCGGCACCAAGUCGGAGGACACCAGCCACUUCACCUACUACAACCAAGCCAUGGAGUACCUGCCAAUGGACGCCUUUGGAAGCAGCCACAUUGAGACGGUGCAAGCGUUAGCCAUUAUCGGUGGCUACUACCUCCACUACAUCAACCGUCCCAACAUGGCCAAUGCCGUUCUGGGUGCUGCCAUUCGCAUGGCUAGCGCCCUGGGUCUGCACCGCGAGAGCUUAGCCCAUGGGGGCACGACCGACGUCGCUGCCGCCGAGACGCGCCGCCGGACCUGGUGGAGUCUGUUCUGCCUCGAUACUUGGGCUACGACCACCAUGGGAAGACCCUCGUUUGGACGCUGGGGCCCUGCCAUCAACAUCCAGUCCCCCGAGUUCGGCAUCGCAGGCGCCCGUGACGCCGCACAGCACGCCGGCAGCCUCCCGCUGAUUGAGAACAUCAAGUUCUGCAAGAUCGCCACGCAGAUCCAGGACAUGCUCGCCAUCUCGCCACUUCUCCGACUUGACGACCGCUGCGACCUCGACGCUCAGCUGGUGAACUGGUAUCAGGGUUUGCCAUGGCUCCUGCGCACGACAGACCCUUGUGCCGAGCCUCUGUACAUUGCUCGCUGCAUCAUGAAAUGGCGCUACCAGAACCUCCGGAUGCUGCUGCACCGGCCGGUACUUUUGGGAUUGGCAUCCAGUGGUCAGACACAUGCCCCCGAGUCCGAAAUUGCAGCCGUCGAGACUUGCCGCGAGCUGGCUAAGCAGACUAUUGACGAUAUCUCGCACGAAUGGUCUCGCAACCAAAUGUCUGGCUGGAACGCAGUCUGGUUCGUCUACCAGGCUGCCAUGGUGCCCCUCGUGUCCAUAUUUUGGCAGUGGUCCAGCCCUCGUGUCCCCGAGUGGCACAAGCAGAUUGAGUCCGUGCUAGCUAUGCUCGAGGCCAUGGAGGAGUGGUCCCUGGCGGCACGUCGUAGCCGAGAGGUUGUCCUACGCAUGUACGAGGCGUCACGCCAGCCCGGCCUGCUACAACCACACCCAGCCAGUCGCAUCCACGCCAACGCUGCCCAAAAUGUGCAUCCACAGCAGCAGCAGCCACACGAGCACCAGCAUCUCGUCAAUGAGCAAUCGCAUAGCCUGAUGCUUAGCAACGCUAUCCACGCGGCGUCGGCCGCAGGCGCAGCGGAGUCUGAGUUCCACAUGUCGCCCAUUGGCUUCGAACCGGACAUCGGUAUGCUCAGCAUGCUGGACCAACAAGGACUCUGGGACCUUGACGGCAUGAACUGGGCCCAGGACGAAGACAUGGACUUUGGGGCGACCGUGUCGGCAUCCACCGCUGGAGCCCAGGCCUCCACAGCAGUCCCCUUCAGUCACAACAUUCACGACGGUAUGAUACCCAUGGACCAAGGGAUGAUGGACCAUUACUCAGGUGGCAACUUUCCCUUUGUCCAUUAA